UCCGGGCACUUUUAGAGCGCGUGUGUGCGAGCUGCGCAUGCGUACGGCUCACAUUGCAAACGACAGUUUCUGAGGGAGUAAACGAUGGUGUCGGCUUAAAGCGUCGCGAAAGUACCAAAUGCAAUCGUCAGCAUCUUGGCUCAAUUUGGGAAGAGGGAGGUCUGGCGGCUGCCUUAGUUGAUACAUUUGUCUGUUUUAUUCUCCCUCUUAGAACUUUUGAUGUACAGCCGCUGCCAAGAUGGAGCUCAGAGUUGGUAAUAAAUACCGUCUUGGUCGAAAGAUAGGCAGUGGCUCUUUCGGAGAUAUAUAUUUAGGUACUGAUAUAUCUAAUGGUGAGGAAGUGGCAAUCAAAUUAGAAUGUGUGAAGACAAAACACCCACAGCUACACAUAGAAAGCAAAAUCUACAAAAUGAUGCAAGGUGGAGUAGGAAUUCCCACAAUCAAAUGGGGUGGUGCUGAAGGCGAUUACAAUGUCAUGGUAAUGGAGCUUCUUGGUCCCAGUCUUGAAGAUCUAUUUAAUUUCUGUUCAAGAAAAUUCAGUCCAAAAACUGUGCUUUUGCUUGCAGAUCAGUUGAUAAGUCGGAUUGAGUAUAUUCAUUCAAAAAAUUUCAUCCAUCGAGAUGUCAAACCGGAUAAUUUUCUCAUGGGAUUAGGGAAAAAGGGAAAUUUAGUCUAUAUUAUUGACUUUGGACUUGCUAAAAAGUACAGGGAUCCAAGGUCUCACCAACAUAUUUCUUAUCGAGAAAAUAAAAACUUAACUGGCACAGCAAGAUAUGCUAGUAUAAACACACAUUUAGGAAUAGAGCAAAGUAGACGAGAUGACAUGGAAUCAUUAGGAUAUGUUUUCAUGUAUUUUUUGAGAGGAAGCUUGCCAUGGCAGGGAUUGAAAGCAGCAACCAAACGACAAAAAUAUGAAAGAAUUAGUGAAAAGAAAAUGUCAACACCUAUUGAAGAGCUUUGUAAAGGAUUUCCUUCGGAAUUUGCAACAUACUUAAAUUUCUGUCGGUCCUUACGGUUUGAUGAUAAACCAGAUUAUUCCUAUUUGAGGCAGCUAUUUAGAAAUCUCUUCCACCGUCAAGGAUUUACUUAUGACUAUGUCUUUGACUGGAACUUGCUAAAAUUUGGAGGUAGGUCAAAUGAUGAUUUUGAUAGAGAUCGCAAAAUGUACAGCUCGACAGCUAGAGGAUUACAAGGUACGACCACUGCUGGCCGUAUGCGAUCUGAUCAAGUAGCUGUGGCAGCCUCUCCCAGUGGCGAUUAUGGCAUUCUACCACAGACAGAUCUCUUGUUUAAAAAAUUUCAGGUUGAAAAAAAAAUAUUGAGUUUGCUAGACAAGAAGAAGACUGAAACCUUACUUUUGUCUGGAACACGACCUGGAACACGAGAGCGAGAGAAACGCAGUAGCAGCAGACUACAUCGGGGUCUCCCCACUAGCACUGAGGUUAACAAGGAUCAAAUUAGAGUUCCAAAUAAUCCUGUUCAAUCAAAUAUGAUUCCACCAUCAGCACAAAUUAAUUCAGGACUUCGACGAGGCAGUGCUUCCAAAGAUGAGACAACUGGACGGUCAACUUCUUCGAGACACUUGCGCAAAUAAAAAUAAUUAAAACAAAAAACAAAUUACAAUGAAUAAAAUUAAGAGAAAAAAAGCUGCUGGUCAGAAGUGUGUGUACGUAUGUGUGUGUGUCUGUGUGUACGUAUGUGUGUGUGUAUGUUUGUGUGUAUGUGACUGAGCAUUUGUUGCCACUUGUCUCUGCAGACCACUUGUCACACAUCACUAUUAUUACUACUACCACCACCACCACCACCACCACACCACCACGAUAUUGAACGGUGGUCGUUGUUAUAAGACAGCCAUAAUAGCUCCACUGAAGCUGCCAGAUCAAUUUUAUACACACACACACACCACACACGCACACAUGACUGCUUGUCUUAAUGUCAGAUGUGCACUGUACGCCUACCUAUCACAACCACUUUGCAACCUUUCUUUCAUUUCUAGGGGUCUUUCUGUUUUUCUUUUAGCUGAAUUAAUCAUCUUAGCAGCUAAUUGGGUUCUAGGUUUUAGGCACAGUUAGAUUUAGGGAAAAAUGAAUUGGUGUGGGUGGUGAUUACUACUACUACUACUACAGUGCUAAGAAGAGUUACGAAAUGCUUGUUCUGCAUCGAAACCCACAGACAGAACUUUAGGAAUUGUGGUACCCUUGUUCAUUCUGUUCAAGUUGGCGCCCUGACUGUUUCUUGUAUUACUGCUGCAAUUGAACUUUCUUCUGCCGUUCUCUAGGAUUUAAAGUUUUCUAGGAGCAACAAAUGCAAACAGUAGGUGCCACAUUAUGUUUUGGACAUUUUUGGAAUUAUUAUUCCCCAGAAACCAAUUGAAGACGACAAGUAGUAAUGUGCAAAAUAAAACCAAAACCUCAUAUUGCUAAGUCCCUUACAUUUGACACGUUCAUCAUUUUGUAUAUAUAAGCUAUUGUUUUUCCCAAGCAAGAUAUUUUAUAGUUAAAUAUACUUUGCCUUUUUUUUUCAAAAUUUUUUUCUUUCUUCUACUGUAUGGUCCAUUCCAAAACAAGCUUCAAAGCCAUUCUUAAGAGAAGCUGUCUCUUCUGUUUAAUACCAUGUUCCAAAGAAAAAAAAAAAAGAAAAAAAUUGUUUAAUAACUUAGAUAUGUUAUUUGCUUGUGUUUGGAGUCUUUUCAGCAUUGUAUCACCAGAGAUAGCCAGUUAGCCAUCUCGGUGUUUUAUGUAUUAGAGAAAAAUUUCCAAGUUACCACCCCCAGCCCUUAACCCAUUCUCCCACCCUUCCACUGUCAUUUUCGGCUUUGUAGAUCUGUCCCCACGCCCCCUUUAUAUCACUUUCCUGAUUUUAAUUGUUUGUUGCAUUUCAUGGAAUCUUAAACUUGUUUCCUUCUUCAAAAAAAAAAAGAGGAAAACAGCAAUUUUGUUUUAAAAGAAAAUACUGAUGUGCAUUGAUUGCAAUAAAAUAAACCUUUUUUUCCAAUAAAACGCUUGAGUGUACAUGUCAUACACACACACACACACACACACAAAACAUACACACACCUACACAUGAUCCCCAUUCACUUUCACUUUUAUUUAAAACUGCUAAAUAAGAGAAUUGCUGUCUCAUGUUUGAUGUGAUGAACUCUUGUGUUUGUAAGGCCCUGUCCCUCAACCUUUUAAUGUUAAAACAACAAAGGUGGAUAUCAGUCAUAGGUGUAAAUAUUUGUAUAACAUUUGUAUAAUUUUUCAUUUUGUCACUCUCUAAAACUGUCUUUUAUUAAACCCUUCCCACAUCUUUUCAUUUUCGUUCCUCCUCUUUUUGUAAAGGCAAAGUAAAAAUUGAAGUUGACCAAGUCUGAUGACUAUUUUUUUUAUUUUUAUUUUGUUUUUUUUUUAUUUUUGCCCCCUACCUCAGAAAUGAACACUCCAGAAAUUUUGUAAAACCCAAAUGUUUCCAACUUAUCUUUUAAGUUAUUUAUUUUGUUGUUUGAUGUUUUUUUCCCCCCUCUUUUCUUUGACCCUCAAUUCCAACAAUGUUGAGUGCAAGAAGAAUAGACAAACCAAACACUUAUCUGAGAUGGCCUUAAUUAUCUGUAAAUAUUGUUUGGCCAAAAUGUUUUAAAGAGUUUGCUUGCUUAGAUUUGAUAGUUGAAGAUGUGUGUGUGUGUGUUAAUCUACUUUCCAGUACAGGCCAGUAUCUAUAGCAACAAUGAUGGUGGUGGUGGUGGUGGUGGUGGUGCUGGUGCUGGUGACAGUAAACAAGCUAUCUGCACUAACAGAAAGUUUAACUGCCUCAAACUUUUACCUCUUAAAAUAAACACUUCAAACAUUGAAAAGUUCUCUUGCCGCUUUGCUCACCUAAACUUUUUCAAAGUCUGUUUGCCUUGCUCACUAAGCAGGCUCCCCAACCCCAUUGUGUGCUGUGUGCAGUACCCCCUCCCCUUUCCUCCUCCUCCUCCCUGUGUUGAGAUGACCACUCUGUUGUAUUUGUAUGAGAAAUGUUCAUAACUUAUUUUUUUAUUCGCAUCUAGACAACUUACUGCAAGGCAAGAAAUAAAUUCCUAUUUUAGAAUUUGUUCAUUUCAGUUUUUCAAGUUAUAAAAGUUUAUAAUUUCUCAUUCCUGUUACUUAUUCUAUUUAUAGAAAAUAAAAUUUUAGUUGUAAGGUAAUUUAGUCUAAAAUUUCAAUAUUGAUAUAUAUAUAUGUUUAAAGUUUCCCAAAUCUUUCCAAAAAAAUGUAUGCCUGCAAAAUUUAAAAAGAAUAUUUAUAGUCUUAUCCAAAUUUGCCAUACGUUUGGGAAACUUAUCUAAAAAUGGCUCCUCCUUUCCCUUAAGGGCUUUAAGGACCAACUCAGUCAAUGAUUGAUUAUAUUUGAGCAAUGGAAGCUGCAUUUUCAGAUUUUAGUUUGCCUUCUCUCAUAUUUGUAGUGGUUGCUUAUAUUCAACUAGCUUUAAUCCUCCCACUCUCCCCAUGGUAUAUGGGCUUCAACUCCCUUAUUCUCCUUUGAAACAUUUUCUAAAUAUCCAGUACCAAGGACAGAUUAAAAUACAUUUCAUCUUUUGUUCAAGUAGCCAUGAUACACUCAAAUCCAAACUACAAACAUUUUUUCCAAGGAAAUAAAAAAAAAAAAA